GCCGCGCUCAGUGGUGGCGGCCGAGCCGAGUUCCGGUUCCUGUGGCUGCGGCCGCGGGCAGGCGGCGAGACUGGGGCGAGCGCGCAGUUGGCGCUUGGGCUCGGCUUCUGCCCCUCGCCGCGCCGCGGGGUGGCUGCAGCGCGGUGGCUGCGCUGCCCCUGACUCCCCUUCCCGGCGAUGGUGCAAUCCGAGGGCGCGUCCUUUCCCUGCCGCCGCUGACCCGGGUCCCCCACUCCAUGGCCGCCUCGGCGCCGCCCCCACCGGACAAGCUGGAGGGAGGUGGCGGCCCCGCACCGCCCCCUGCGCCGCCCAGCACCGGGAGGAAGCAGGGCAAGGCCGGUCUGCAAAUGAAGAGCCCAGAGAAGAAGCGAAGGAAGUCAAAUACUCAGGGCCCUGCAUACUCACAUCUGACGGAGUUUGCACCACCCCCGACUCCCAUGGUGGAUCACCUGGUUGCAUCCAACCCUUUUGAGGAUGACUUCGGAGCCCCUAAGGUGGGGGCCGCAGCCCCUCCGUUCCUUGGCAGUCCUGUCCCCUUUGGAGGCUUCCGUGUACAGGGGGGCAUGGCAGGCCAGGUACCCCCAGGCUAUGGCACUGGGGGUGGAGGGGGCCCCCAGCCUCUUCGUCGACAGCCUCCCCCUUUCGCUUCCAACCCUAUGGGCCCUGCUUUCAACAUGCCUCCCCAGGGCCCUGGCUACCCACCCCCAGGCAACAUGAGCUUUCCCAGCCAACCCUUCAGCCAGCCUCUGGGUCAAAACUUUAGCCCUCCUGGUGGGCAGAUGAUGCCAGGCCCGGUGGGGGGAUUUGGCCCCAUGAUCUCACCGACUAUGGGACAACCUCCCAGAGGGGAGCUGGGCCCCCCUUCUCUCCCCCAACGCUUUGCCCAGCCAGGGGCACCUUUUGGCCCUUCUCCUCUCCAGAGACCUGGUCAGGGGCUCCCCAGCCUGCCCGUCAACACAAGUCCUUUCCCUGGUCCGGACCCUGGCUUUCCUGGCCCCGGUGGUGAGGAUGGGGGGAAGCCCUUGAAUCCGCCUGCACCCACUGCUUUUCCCCAGGAGCCCCACUCAGGUUCCCCAGCUGCUGCUGUUAAUGGGAAUCAGCCCAGUUUCCCCCCAAACAGCAGUGGGCGGGGUGGGGGCACUCCAGAUGCCAACAGCCUGGCACCUCCCGGCAAGGCAGGUGGGGGUUCAGGGCCCCAGCCUCCGUCAGGCCUGGUGUACCCAUGUGGUGCCUGUCGGAGUGAGGUGAACGACGACCAGGAUGCCAUUUUGUGUGAGGCCUCCUGCCAGAAGUGGUUCCACCGCGAAUGCACAGGCAUGACUGAGAGUGCCUAUGGGCUGCUGACCACAGAGGCCUCUGCUGUCUGGGCCUGCGAUCUCUGCCUCAAGACCAAGGAGAUCCAGUCUGUGUACAUCCGCGAGGGCAUGGGGCAGCUGGUGGCGGCUAACGAUGGGUGACACUGGCGAGGGGGCCCAGGGAGGUGUAUACGUCCCUCCUCGCUCUUUCAGGGUGAUUGUUUCCAUGUCUGGCUCUUGGUCCUUGUUUCCACUGGCUUCCCACCCCCAUGGGGCAGAAACACAGUGGCUCCUGGGGGCAGAAAAGGAACUGAAGUGGGCAGGCAGAAGAGCCUGGAUUGCUCUCCUUUCUGGAAACUUCUGCGUUGAGAUCUACAGAGAUCCAGGAAACCAAAGCCCUGCCAAGCAGAGCCUUUUUUUGUGGCUGUCUCUGGAGGCUUAGGGGUAUGGCUGCAAGAGAAAAGAGGCUGGAGGACCAUCUGGAGGGCAGGGGUGUCCCCUCUGCAGAUGAUGGACACCCCCAACACCUGUGCCUAACACUCCUACACAGCUCCAGCUUUAGUUUUUGGAGUCAAGCGUUAAAGCUUUGUUUCUGGCCAGAGGAGUUGGAAUCUCGUCCCAUCCCUUCAAUAGCCCUUUCAUGGGCUCUGGGAGACAGCUUUAGGUAAUAAAUGAGGAUUUUUCCCUUUUCCUACCCGCCUCUUGCCUCCUCCAAGACCUACCCAGCUCCUUCCCCCUCAGAGAACCAAAUAGCUUGAAGAAGAAGAGGAGAGUUCUCAGCUGUGGCAGUUUCUUGGUGAUUUGGGGCUUCAAGACAGUAGGUAAGAAAUGCUGUCAGGACAUAUCUCCCUCAUACCAAAGUCACUGGUCCUUUCUCAGCCUCUUGUGCUUUUCUCCGAAUGACCAUAUUUUUGCCAAAAAUUGGGCUAUGUGGUCUGACCGGAAUAUUUGAAGUUUGGACUGUCCUGGAGGCCUGGAUUCUGUGGUCAAACCACCCCGCCCACCUUGCCCCUCUGUUGCACAUUAUCCUCAGCGCUGAUCUUCAACCUUGGGCGCCCUCUUUCCCGGCCUCUGUGGCUUGAUGGAAGGAAAGCUUGUAAAGGCACAGAGCCCUUAUAACCUCAUUUCUUCUGCUGAUAGAAGAAGCCCCAUCACAGCCUGUGGGUGUCAAGAGGCGGCAGGGCCCUCAUUGCCUUGGUACUAAAAUGCAGUCCAGAGCCUGGAUGGUUUUGCUCUGUCUUUCCCUGCUAUUGUUCAGAACUUCUCGGGCCUGAUGGUCUAGCAGUUCUCAUUCCUCCUGGCCAGAGUCCUGCACUGGGCUUUAUUUUAUUGUUUAAGCACUGCCUGUCAGAGAUGGGCCUGGGGCUUGACCAGGAGCCCCUCACAGCUGCUCUUCCUUACGGCUCAUGCACACAUUCCUCAGUGGGGCGGGGAAGGCAGGCAUGGGGUGUGGUCCUGAGAGAGUCAGCAGUCCCCUGCCCCCAUUUCCCUUGGGACCCUAGCAUGUGAGGAGAAGACACAGGUUUACUGCAGAGCUCACCUGCCUGCCCGGUGGGGAACCAGCAGCCUCUGUGGCUCUGAGAAGGAAAGGAGUGGCCUCUCGCCCAGUGUGUCCCCACACUGAAACAGCAGAGACGGCACCCCCCCACUGCUCAACUUUGGGUUGUGUUUGUGGUGGUUUGCCCUACUUUUAUCUGUUGCUAUUUUUGUGCUUUCUCUCCCCAUCUCCACACUUUGUAAAACGGCUCCUGGGGGAGUGUCUGCUCAGUCCCUCUACCUGUCACUCCACUACUUUGUGGAAGAAAGUGGGAGUGGCAGAGAUGUGGUGGUGGGGGUCUUUUAUAUGGUUGGAUUAAUAAAAUGACUUGGAAAUCCAGA